AUGGCCGAUCCUUUCCCCCUCUUGACGCCCACUCUCACACUUGCCGACCUCCCGGCGAAUCACCAAUACCAUCCCAGCAACCAGGCAAUACGGGAGGCGGAGGCGGUGCACUUCCCGAAUCGCAAAGCCCCCACGAACGCCUACUACGCCAAAAACCCAAUGAUGCACCCCGCCAACCUCGAACGGCAUUUCAAUCUCCUCGAGCUGCUACCUCCAUUGGCUUUGGCAUUCCGCAAGACGGAGGAGGAUUUCCGUUUGAGGUUCAAGCAGGUAGAGUGGCCAACCCACGCGUUCGCACACCCACAAUUGCUUUGUCACAAGAACCUGGCCAUCAUUGACCGCAUCGUGCGAGGUGAGAAUGGUGAUUAUGUGGCAAAGAACUGCUUCACCUGCCGGUAUGGCCACCGGGGAGGCGGGAAACGGCCCUGCCACAUGGCAGAGGGAGUAUUCACGCGGGACGAUGAAGGGCGCGCGGUCUUUAGGGCCGAGGGCUACGAGGACGUUCUCUUGAUACCUAGUGAGAUCUUAAAGCAGACGAUGGCAAACCUCCUUCCUGGCCGGGAUGUUGACGCUGCGCUCGAUCAGGUCCUGCACGACUUGGUCUCGCGCCAGGACCGUAGCCGGAGAGAGCAGUCAGUUACCUCUUCCGACUCACCUGCUCCUGUAUCGCGGUCAAUUGCUGCUGGCAAAAGACGAUCCCGUCGCCUGAUCAUUGACGACCCGCUCUCCUCGGAUCCCGAAGCACCCCAGCAGAUCAGGAAGCGGUCCAGGCGUGAGCAAAAGUCGGCCGCGCUCGAGGAUCCAGAUUGGAGCAGCGUGCUGGAGCCGGGAUCUCUGGCCGAUUACCUUUCUGGCUCGGUGCUCGAGAAAUACCAGCAUGGUCGAAACAGCUCGGAUGUCCUUUCCCUCAACUUCCGUAUCGAUCCCCUUCACUCCUCCGCUGAAGAUAUCCCUCCCCUCCUGGAUCUGGAGACCGUCACAUCUGGACUCGUCGAUUUCCGGUGCGAUAACCUUGGUCCGGCCAAGACCAAGGCUAUGGUCGAUUCGCUCAUCCAAAUCGUCGCGUCCUAUCACGAGAAGGCUCUCCGCCUCGACAAGGCCAACACCUCCAUGAUGGUCACCGCCAACGCCGGCAUGGAGGUACUGGUCGACUACGCGGGUCGGACGGAUGCGAGGUGCGAUGCUCUUCUCCUGGAGAAUGAGCGUCUGACGGCCGAACACGGUGCUUACCAGCUCGAGAAGGGACAGGCGGAUUGCGGAGAGAGCAGUGCUGCUAGUCGGAUCCAAGGGGCUAUCGAUGGUGCGGCCGAGGAGGUCAGACUGAGGGAGAAGGCGGAGGGGCUGCUGGCGGAAGCGAUUAUUAAACAGGGCGAGAUGGAGGUGGAACUCGCCGGGGAGAGGGAUAAGAUGAGGGUCAUGGGGGAGAAGAUGGAGCGCCUUGAGCGGGAGAGUCAGGCUGCGGCGGCGGGUAUGAUGUGGUAG